UGGCGGCACAUAUCUCCACAAUUUUCUGAAGAUUAAAAUGUCAGCCCCCAGUCAAACUUCGGGUUCUCGUUUCAAGAAGCACAAGUGGGCCCUAGAUUACACUUUGAAGAAGGCGGAUAGACAGUUGCAGCUACAGACGGAGCACCUACCUGUCGGCUAUUGCUCGACGGCGCUGGCUCAGGUGCAAGAUGCUCACACGGGCACGAGAGAUCCGAACCUAGUCGUCAAGAAAUCGUGGGACAUCGCGCUGGCUCCGAUGAAGCAGCUUCCAAUGAACCUGUUCAUCAUGUGGAUGAGCGGGAAUUCCAUCUCCAUCUUCCCCAUCAUGAUGGUUGGCAUGAUGCUGUUCCGACCGUUCAAGGCCCUCUUCACACUACAGAACACUUUCAAGAUGAUAGAAGGCAGCCAAGCAAUCAUACAGCGAAUGGUUUACUUCCUAGGAAAUGUCCUCGGUAUAGGGCUGGCCUUGUACAAGUGUCAGUCCAUGGGUCUGUUGCCAACACAUUCUUCUGAUUGGUUAGCAUUUGUGCAACCUCAACAGAGACUGGAAUACUCCGGCGGCGGAAUACCUCUGUCGUAGCCACACCCACCUCCAUCCUUGGUACAUGACACACAGUUCCACCGCAGGCAGGACACUGACAGGACCGUCCGUGACACUGGACUUAACUUUUUUUGUACACGAGUCAUCACGUCGGGUCGGAACGAUCGAUGGAGGAAGUGGAAUCCGUCGGAUUUCUCGGUCGUAGAUAGGAAUCGACGCGCCCAUGACCUUUGACCUUUCCGCUCGCCUCGGUUCUCUCGCCGGAGUUGGCUUCGUCGAGACGAAUGCUCUGAUGUUUCGUCGCGCGCGCGCGCGGUAGUUUUGGGUGGGAAGCGAUUGUUGCGUCGCGAGCGGGAGUGUAGCAGUCAGCGUCUCGUUGUCACGGUAACGCACGAUCAUAUAUACUAUAUAUACAUACAUAUAUAU